UAUGCCUCAGGCAUUAAUAUAUCGAUUCAGCCAGCCCCCAUCAUCCACUCCGGCACUCCAGUGUCCAGAUAGAUCGACAUCUUGCGGAUAGAAAACGUCAGAUAUCACCAGUGCAAUGAACCAUUCAUCUUUGCCUACCUCCCACGAUAAUUUGGAUUCCUAACCUGAUUGUUCGAUCGAUGCACAAGACCACAAGAGCAUACAAAUAGCUAGCGGAGACAAGAUUACCUUGAACCCACACCCUUAACCUCCGUCCUCCAUCCCAUCUUCCUCACCAUGACCUCCACUGCCGCCUCCGAACUUGCCUCGACCCUCCAAUUCGGCUCCAUAAGGCGUCACCCGUCCCCCUCCCACGACAUCAAUCCCUCCACCACCGCCAGUUCCAAAGAGCCCGUUACCCUCUCCGAGCCAUCCCACGACCGCACUCCCUCCACCACCUCCGACGUCGUCCCGCUAUCCGCCCUACGACCCAUCCCGAGACGGUCGACGCUGCCGCCGCUGCCGGAUCUACGGUUCGAGCAGAGUUAUCUGAAGAGCCUCCAGGAGGCGGAGACGGGGUGGGGGGUGGCGUGGAUUACGAUACGGGACCAGGUAUUCCUUCCGUUGUUUCAGGGGACGCUGUGGGCGCUGAUAUUGAGUGGUUGGAGACAUUGGCAUCAGACUACGUCAUUUUCGGGACGGACGGUUGGCGCGAAGAUGAGACGAUGGUGGUGGGGAGUAAACGACUGGAAGAUACCGAACAGAUGAUGGCGGGUGGCCGCUGACAUACAAUACACACAUUAGAACUCACGGUGAGGCGAUAAGGACUGGUCCAGAGAUUCCCCAGAAAGAUUUUAUUUAGAUCGGAUCCGAAGACCCUUGUAUAUAAUAUAAUGCGAACCCAAACGCCUUCCGAUGCUG